AUGAACACUGGACUUUACCGAACAAAUAGUUUUCAAUCCUUGUAUAAUUUUCGUCGUUUGGUUUCAUCUCAAACACAUUAUGAUACAUUAGGAAUUGGGAAAUCCGCUUCGUAUAGUGAAAUUCGUUCAGCUUUUAUCGAACUAUCGAAAAAAUAUCAUCCUGAUAAAAAUGACGGUGAUAUUGAGAUGUUUAAAAGGAUCAACGAAGCGUACUCUGUUCUUUCUCAAGAGAAAAGUAGACGAAUUUACGAUUUCUCUUUAGCAUCAAGAGCUAAACCAUCAUUCACUAACUCGCCAAAUGAAUACGACGUUUCAAAUUGGGAGCGUGAUUUUAAUUUCCACUUGUAAGUCUAUACUAAUAGCCUACGUUUUGUUCAGUGAGUCAAUUUUCAGCUGCUAGGAUUUCAGCCACUUAGUCACUAGUUUGACCUUUUUUAAGUCUACUUACGUUUGAGAGAUCAGUUAUUAUCUUUAGUCCUCACGCAAAAACCACGUGGUUGAAAACCUUUUAUUCCCUUUAAAAAGGAAGACAUUUUAAUAAUUAUGAAUAAUGUUCUUUUUAGAAGGAAGUACUUUUAGUUUUAAAUGACCAACUCAGUAAUACUGUACUGAACAAGAAAACGAGUGGGGACAAUCGAAUGUAU